AUGAGGGGGCUCCAAGUCCGCUACCACCUCCUGCCCGACCAGGACGAGGAGCUGCCCCUGGGAUGUGAGGAGCCACCUGUGGGAUGUGAGGAGCCAGCCAGAGAGGGGCAGCUGGGCUGGGAGGGAGCCCCAGCAGCGGCCCCAGCCCUGGAGGAGCCAUGCAGGCUGGUGCUGAGCACACCGAGCAACAUCCUGCAGGACAGGGAGAUCCAUGAGCUGGGCCCCCACCUGCCCUCCCGGCUGACACAGCAGCCCUGGCGCCUGCAGUAUUCCACCAGGCGGGAUGGCUUCAGCCUGAGGACGCUGUACCGGCGCGGGGGCCAGCCGGGGUCCCCGGCCCUGCUGCUCAUCAGGGACACGGAGGCACAGGCCUUCGGUGCCUUCUCCUCCAGCGCCAUUCGCUGCAGCAGUGGCUUCUACGGGUCAGGGGAGACCUUCCUCUUCUCCUUCUCCCCGGAGCUGAAGGUGUUCAGGUGGACAGGCAGGAACGACUUCUUCGUGAAAGGGGAUGUGGACCUGCUGAUGGUCGGUGGGGGCAGCGGCAGGUUUGGGCUGUGGCUGGACGGGGACCUGCACCGCGGGGGCAGCUGCCGCUGUGAGACCUUCCACAACGAGACCCUCUCGUCCCGGGAGGAGUUCUGCGUCCAGGACCUGGAACUGUGGGGUCUGGCCUGA